CAAACAUAACCUUAACCGCUGUAAAUCAAUAUUUGAGCAUAAAUAAUUUACGAAAGAAAAGCCAAUGUCUAAACGUAAAUUAGACGAGUUUCUGGGAAUUUUGGAUGGCAGGAAAUCUACUUUCCAAAAUUCUUUGGAUUCUGACGAAGAAGAUGACGAAGCAAAAGAAGAAAAUUAUGAUAUUAUGCAUGAAAAUGAUAUCGAAGGUGUCGAAGAGGGACCAUCUGCACCGGAGACGAAUGUUGGAUUUACGGCAUUCAAUAUGAAAGAAGAAUUAGAAGAAGGUCAUUUUGAUAAAGAAGGACAUUACCAUUGGAAGAAAGAAAAAGAAAUACGCGAUAACUGGUUAGACAAUAUUGAUUGGCUCAAGGUAAGGGCUAAACCUAAAAAUAAAGGUAAUAAUUCAACUCAGGAUAAAGAAUCUGACGACGAUAGUGAUGAUGAAAGUGAUUUUAUGUUUGAUUCAACGCCAUUGUAUAAACAAAUUUUGGAAUAUCUUAAGCCUGGCGAAACUGUCUCAAAAGCAUUAUGUCGACUAGGGAAAGGAAAAAAAAAAUUGACAACAGCUGAAAGGUGGAAAAGGAAAAAAGAUCCAAAUGCAGUGGUCGAAGAUGAAAAUUCUAUAAAUAUUACAAAAUUAACAGAACUAGCAAACGAACUGUUAACUCGUACAGGAAAUAUGGAUAUUUAUCAAGAAAGUUAUGAACAAAUUGGAAAAAAAAUUGCACUUUCGGCGAAGCAUUCCCAUCCAUCAAAAAUUGAAGCAGAGUUGGACAUGUUUGCGGAUGAUUUUGAUUCCAAAGAAAAGGAUAAAAUAAUCGAAACGAAAACAUCAGACGAAUCGACAUCAGAGAAAAUCGAAGAUAAAGCAGACGAAAAUCCAAUAAAUGGAGAAGUUUGUUGGGAGCUUAAGUGGUCACAAGAGGAGAAAGCAGAAAUUCAUGGACCACAUAGUACCGAACAGAUGCAAAAGUGGGCUAAAGAAGGGUAUUUCAAGAAUGGUGCGUGGGUGCGCAAAAGAGGACAAUAUGGCGAAUUUUAUAACGCAUCGCGUAUUGAUUUUGAAUUAUAUUUAUGAUUUGUAAACAAAAAUA